AUGCCUCUCCUCAAUGAUGUCAUGAAAGAGGCCUUGCGCCUUGUUGAAGAAUGUCCAAUGAUCGCCACGGCUACAUGCAUGGAUAAUAUUUACAAGAAGUUUUCUAAUCCACCAUAUUUACCCGCCGAGGAUGUGGACGAAGGAAUUUGGAUGAGUGUCAAUAAGGAACUUGACGGACUCUUUGGUUCUGAAAACAGUCAUGAAAACAUCCGAAAGGGACCUGAUGGCAUGCUUUUGGUAAUUGAAUGGGUCAACAAGGCGCGCGAGCAUCCCACCUGGUAUUCGCCGGAGGACAAGGCACAAAACAUCCAGAAGAAAGAAUUUGUACAAAAGUCAAGGUAUUAUGUCUAUCAGCACUCGGAAAACCUCUUCCAGCUGAUACUCCUCAAUCUGAACCAAAUGGUAUUGAACCCCACACCUGAUCCCAAUGUCGCAGUCGCCAAGGAGCCUAAGCCUCCUCCCAAACGACACAAUACACUCGCCAGUACCACCAUCCUGAUCUCAUCCGAAGACGAGGAAAUUGUAUAUGUCAAAAGCAACAACCUGAGUAAAAAAAACAAAAAACCCAAAGAAUCAAAAAGAAAAGACGUAAUCACACUAUGCCCUCUAUCAGCACCGAACAAGCCUUGCAUAUGUUGUAAGGUUGAACGACACCCAAAGGGUAAGGCAUUCAGCUGUCACUGUGGUGCAGCACCAGUUACGCUUCAUCAAGGGCGAAUUGAAGGUGCACAAGCGCACUGGUCGAGUGGUUUGUGUAAAAGUGCAACAUCCAGUUUACGAACGAACAAGCUCUUGAGCUCGUACUUUGUCAAGGACCCAGCUCUCCAACCUGUCAACAAGAAUAUUAUUGAAACCAUCUGUCCAGGUCUUACAGAUGAAACCUGGUCUAGACCCCGAGCCGAGCAGACCAUUUCUCAGUUUAUGGAUAGCACCUGUAGCGUUUAUCGGGGCGUUAAUCGGCACGAUGUUUGUAAAGAACUCUUUGGACCCACUGUCACUGAGAACGAUGUCAACAAAUCACAAAAGGCCCAGCUUCUUGCAGCAAUGGAUGCACGGGCGAUUUGGGAGGUUAAGCGACAUGGCAAACAAAAUGUGAUCUACUCGAAAAAAUGUGAACAGACUUUCAAACGCCACAAAGAUGACCCUGUGCGGCCAUGUGAUUCAUGCCUGGAGGUGAAAGAAGAAGGCAGCUUAGUUCGAGCUGUCAAUCACAAAUAUGCCGUGGGCGACAAAUUAAAAUUUACACCCAACUAUCUUUUGGUCGCCAAUAAAUACAAUGCUCUACUGAGAAAGUUCUUAGACCUCAAAACUCUUGACAAAUCUCUCGAAUCUUCAACUGGUGGCGAUUUUGGUGAUUUCCUCGAACACCUAGCAAUCAUGGCUAGAAGGGGAAUCUUCAAAAACCAAGAAGCCGUCAAAGGGAUGAUCAUGGGAUGUGCUAUCCGUGCCGAGCGUGAGAAGGCAGGGAAAUCUCUCCGGGGUAUGCGGAUCAAUGCUCAUCUUAAUGAUUGCCUCACAACUCUGGGUGCGAUGAGCAAGAGCGCUCUGAAGCUGGUCACGAAGAACUUUGGUGGUAAAACACCAACGGCUGGAUCGGGCAAAGAGCAAGACCGAGAUAGAAGACGAAAUGGCUCAAGGAAAUUUUGA